CAGAAAAUACAAGAAACAUUGUUUCCAAUACGAUCGUAGCUACAAUGGUCGAGUUAUCGAUUGUGAAGUCGACGAUACCUUAUAAUGUAGUCGAGAAUGUUUGCAAAAGAUGGUGCUAAUAACUACAAUGGAGGAAAUAAUUUGCGAUAGGGUGCAACAUUCAGUGCAACGUUCAUGUUUGUAUUUCAGCUGUUGAGUCGUACACUUGUCCGGCUCGUGAGUUGUUGUACAAACGAGUUUUAUACGUCUUUUGCUGCCAAAACAGCGUUUCAAUUUGAAAAUGACAGGGUUUACAGAAAGUGCACUUGUGAAACGGUUAAUGGACUUGAAUCCCUCUCAACAAAGUAUUCAGACACUCUCCCUUUGGUUAAUUCAUCACAGGAAACAUCAUCCAACCAUUGUGAAAGUCUGGUUCAAAGAAAUGUGCAAAGUGAAAGAUAAUCGUAAGCUGAUGUUUAUGUAUUUGGCAAAUGAUGUUAUUCAAAACAGUAAGAAGAAAGGACCAGAGUUUGGGAAAGAAUUUGAAACAGUGUUACCAAAAGCUUUUGAACAUAUGAAAGGAUUUGAUGAAAAAACAAGGGAAAGAUUAAAUAGGCUGCUCCAAAUUUGGGAAGAGAGAGGAGUUUAUGAUAAGUUACAAAUUGCCGAAUUUAAGGCUGCCUUUACAGACACUUCGAAAGAUUCAGGGACACAACCUCCAAAAAAGAAAUUUAAGAGUGACAUAGAGAAAGUAAAGAAAGAUAAAAAGGAGAGAAAGAAAUCAGAGACUGAGGUUGAAGUAGAUGGAACCAAAGAGCUACAUGUAACAUUAAGUCCUCGUACUCCUGCUGGAGAUCCGCCAGAGACGGAAGAACUCAUCAAAGCUUUAAUGGAUUUGGAAAAUACAGCAUCCUCAGAUGCUGGUGUUAGAGAACGUAUUGCCUCCUUACCACCAGAAGUUUCUGAAGUUUCUCUUCUGGCAAAUUUAGCUGAUAGGGCAGCUGCAGAUCAAUUAAGUGUUGCAGUAAAUGAAGCUGCUGCACUGCUAGCAGAUUAUAAUGGACGACUACAAGCUGAAAUGGAGGAUAGGAGAAGACUGUUAACUAUGCUUAGAGACUAUACUUUAGCACAAAGACAAUUGCUUCAACAGGCACAAUCAACGUUAGAGGACUAUAAAGAAAAACUUAAAAAAGUAUGUGCUGUUCGAUCCGAGGUGAAAUCACACAUUUCCAAUUUGCCUGAUUUGACACAAUUACCUGAUGUUACGGGCGGAUUAGCACCACUUCCUUCAGCUGGUGAUUUGUUUUCUAUGCACUAGCACGUGAAUUUAGAAAGCACGAUUGCUAAAUUAUUUUUGAGUUCCACACGUAAAUAAAUGCAACCAUGCUAUGUUAGCUUGGUUUUUGUGAUGAAGUAUAUCUAUUAUACUAUAACUUUCUACUUUUCAAUAUUUAAUACAUUAAAUAUUGAUCCUCAUCUGUAAUUACAAAAUACAAGAUUGUAAGGUACUGACAAACAGAUAUCAUAAAAUCAUUUUGCAAAAUACUUUAGAGUGAAUAAGAAAAUGAACCAAGUAGUUGUAUAACAUUUCAGAAUUUGUAAAACUACAACGCCAGUAAUUUUCAGUGUUAUAUUCCAAUUUUUGUUUUCUUGUUCUUUUUAAAUAAAAAUCGAUAAAUUUAUCAAUAUAAUAAACCGUUAAUUUUUAUUAGAAUAUCUUUUAUCAGGAUAUUUUAAAAUGUUUUUCGAUUCAAAAGUAAUAAUGUUCCUGCUUGCCAUUUAUACAGUUCAUAAGGAACUCAAAAUAUUAAACUUUUCACAUAAUACCAUCUUUUACUCAAAUAUAGUUUUCAUAAAUUGAGUAUGUUAUAAAUAACAAAAUAUAUAAAAAAUUCGAAUGGACAUGUCAUUAUUUUGAAUUAUCAACAAAUCCGUAAUUUUAUUUUCAAUUUAAUUAAUUUAAAAUUAUGUGAAAGUCCAAAAAAAAUUUUUCGUAUACGUACGAAAUGUUAUAUGUUGAAAAUGUGCACUUAGGAAUGCACAAAUAUUGAAAAUUUUUAGUUUCCCAAAUAUUGCAACGAGCAAUAUUUAGAGUGUUAUACUUAUAAUAUUUGAUAAUUAUCCUUUGUAUAUAUAUAUAUCGUAGAUAAUAUAAUACUGGGACUGAGAAUCGCGUCUUAAAAUAUAACGCUGCAGUUGAUUUUGAAUGAAUAUUGAUCUGCAUAAGUAAAUAAUAUUGUAUAUGUAUUGUAUGAAAUAAAUCGCGUGAUUGUGCGUUGCAAAAUACGAAUAAAUGUUUUGAUCGUUAUGAGUUUCAUUUACUCACCAUAAUUAUUUUUUAUAGCAAAUAUUUAAACGUUAUUGUUGAUUAUCAUAAUUAUAAAAAGAAAUAUACUAUCAAUAAAAAUUAAAUUGGACAUAAAAUUCGAAAUGAU